AUGGCGGAUGACGUGCCCCAGCUGAAGGCGCAUGAGCUGGUGCAGCGCUUAUGCAUCGAUGCCACGCAGCUCCGGCUUAGCAACGGCUGGCUUCGAAGCUUUAAGAAGCGCAAUGGAAUCCGCUCCCAUACGCUACACGGUGAAGGUGGAGCUGUAGAAAGUGAUGAAGUGCGAGAUGCGAGGCUAAAGCUACAAGAGUUGGUGGCGGAGGUUACACCCGAGAAUGUGUUCAACUUCGACAAGACGGCCCUUUUCUAUCGCUUAGCGCCUAAUCGAUUGCUAGCUACGACUAUUCGCAAGGGCAAGAAAAAGGAAAAACAUCAUUUGACUUUGGCCUUCUGCUGCAACACGAGUGGCUCCGACAAGCUCGACCCGAUUGCCAUCGGUACGGCCAACCCGAGGUGCUUUGAAAAGGGAGCGGCGAUUAAGGGUAAACCGAUAUGGUACAAGGCCUCCAAGAACGCGUGGAUGAUAUCUGUUAUUUUUGUCGAAUGGCUUCAUCACUUCAACAUGAGAAUGACAACAUCCUACUUCUAG